UAUAGCACCGUCCAGUCCAUCAAAUUACAGACUUUAUUGUCUAUUGUCAGUGGGUUUUUGAGGGGGACAGUCAUGUCCCAACUCCUGUCGCAGUACUUGCGCAUGCGCACACAUCCUCGCCCAGCCGCACCGAACGCGGCCGAAGAAAGCCGAUGGGAAACUGUCGGCGGCGCACUAUUUGGCAGGAAGGCUUCGUGCACGGCGCCAGUGGCGCCAGACAGCGGAGCACUAUAUGGCAGCGGAGGAGGGGAGGGCUAGAGCUCGGCCGCAUUCGGGGCCGCCUGCGCUCAUCAAACGCUGCUCAUUGAACACAGUGAGGCAGAGCUGGAGUGGAAAUAUUUUUAUGCCGCAAUAUGCGUGAAUUUCUAAAAUAAACCCGGGGUUGCUGGAGCCCUUCUGAGGGAGGUCUGGAUCAGUACCCAUCUGCGCGGGCCCUGAGAGGGCGACCCGUCAGACGGGCAUCGGGCGAGCACAUUACAUGCCAGCGCUUUUUCUUUUAUUUUGACUGCCCCCUUUAGGUUGAAUCCUCUCUCCCCUGAUACUCUUUCAUUCAUCAGAAAGAGUAGAGGAUAUUUUGACCCUAGUGCGGCAGCCGGGCUGCUCCCCCACACACAGAUGAAUGAAGACCCCAUUCGGGAAGAACGCGGCCCAGAGAUCCAGAGCUGAUGCAGGGCAUGCUGGUGUCUCUGCAAAUAUGAUGAAGAAAAAGAAUUCUCAUAAGAAACACAAAAGCAGCGUAGGCCCCACCAAAGCAGUGGCUCAGCCGCGGAGGAACAUCGUGGGCUGUCGUAUCCAGCACAUCUGGAAGGAGGGCAGCGGCGCGGCGUCGCAGUGGAAAGGCACCGUUUUAGACCAGGUGCCCGUCAACCCCUCGCUCUACCUGAUCAAAUACGACGGCUUCGACUGCGUCUACGGCCUGGAGCUGCAUAAAGACGAGCGGGUGCAGGGACUCGAGGUCCUGCCAGACAGACUCGGUACCCGCUUUACUUCAUUCAUUGACAGCAGACAUAGAAAGAAGAGUGCAAACCAAAUGGUUCUGGCUCGGGCGCCUAUCAUGAACACGUGGUUCUACAUCACGUACGAGAAAGACCCGGUGCUCUACAUGUAUCAGCUGCUCGACGACUAUAAAGACGGAGAUCUGAGGAUCAUGCCAGACUCCAACGACUCGCCCCCGGCGGAGCGUGAACCCGGAGAGGUAGUGGACAGCCUCGUGGGGAAGCAGGUGGAAUACGCCAAAGAGGAUGGCUCUAAACGAACUGGCAUGGUUAUCCAUCAGGUGGAGGCCAAGCCCUCCGUCUACUUCAUCAAGUUUGAUGACGACUUUCACAUUUACGUCUAUGACCUGGUGAAAACCUCGUAAAGCGGCAACACGGGACGAGGAGAGGGGGAGGGGUUUCACGUAACCAUGUGAUCCACACAAACGUUUUUUUGCCAAAAGUUCUCUCGGAACAUUUCUCGUAACAUCGUUUGGAAAUGGAACGCUGGAUAUUUCGGUGGAUUACCGCUAGUCAAGUGUCUCUUAUCGCUGUAGGAUGAACGGACAUCACAUCCCCCGACAUACACGUAGCUUCACAUUUCAGAGGUUCGUCUCGAGCAUUUCCCAUCCCUGUUGGUUGUUA